UGUUUGGGACAAAGACCCAUCAUUUAUUUAUUUGCCUCUGUACUCCACAAUUUGAGAUUUGUAAUAGAAAAAAAGCGCAUGGGGUUGCACAUUGCCAGAUUUUAUUAAAGGCCAUUUUUAUACAUUUUGGUUUCACCAUGUCAAUAUUACAGCUGUGUUUAUACAUAGUCCCCCCAUUUCAGGGCACCUUAAUGUUUGGGACACAUGGCUUCACAGGUGUUUGUAAUUGCUCAGGUGGGGCGGCUCCUAAGGGUCGUGCCAUUAUAUUGCCGAACCCCUCGGCACAGGAGUGGUGCAGUCCAGAGGCGGCCCUCAGCCGGAGGGUUUAAAAGGCAGGGUUUGGGUGCCAUCGUCCUCUGGUUUCGUCUUCCCUUCAACCGGGAGGAAUACAAUAAAGGUGCUUCUCAAACACUGGACUUCGUGCCUCCUUUUGAGACCCACGCACCACAUUGGUGACCCCGACGCUCCAUUGGCGUCAUGAUGGAGACACGACAAAGCCCUACCUCCUCACACGCCAGCCCGGCCCGGGCUCUAGACGCAGUCGCCGUUAAGCUGCCCAACUUCUGGACCACCCGGCCGCUCAUCUGGUUCCAGCAGGCGGAGGCCCAGUUCAACCUGCGGGGCAUCACGGCUUACCACCCGCAAGCUAACGGUCUGGUGGAGAGGUUCUACCGGCAGCUGAAGGCGGCAUUGAUGGCACGACUCACCGGCCCGGACUGGAUGGACGAGUUGCCAUGGGUCAUGCUGGGCAUCCGGACCGCUCCCAAAGAGGACUUGGCCUCAUCAUCGGCGGAGCUUGUAUACGGGUCGCCACUCACAGUGCCCGGGGAGUUCGUGCCGUCGGCGCCGGAGCAGCAGGGAACGCCCUCCUCCACCCUUCAACGCCUUCGCGAGCGAGUUGGCAGGCUCGCACCCGUCCUGACGUCCCGCCAUGGGACAUUUCGCCCACACGUGCCAUUGGCCCUCACGGACUGCCCAUACGUUUUCCUGCGCCGUGAUGCCCACCGGACGCCACUCCAGAGGCCGUACGAGGGCCCGUUCCGGAUGCUGGAACACGGGCAGUCGACUUUUGUCCUGGACAUGGGGGGCCGGCCGGAGGCCGUGUCGAUUGACCGUUUAAAGCCGGCGCACCUGGACAUUGACCAGCCGGUGCUGGUUGCCCAACCUCGGCCCCGAGGGCGCCCCCCCUCACGACUCCCUCCACCUGUCACUCCACCUGUCCUCCCGCCGGUCCCUCGACCUGUCCCUCCACCUACGCCCCCGCAAGCCCCGGGAUCUGCUGACUUCCGCACGCGGGCCGGCCGGGUCGUGCGCCGGCCGGUGCGUUUUGUGCCUCUGGUUCUGGGGGGGGGCCCUGUGGCAGCUCCUAAGGGUCGUGCCAUUAUACUGCCGAACCCCUCGGCACAGGAGUGGUGCAGUCCGGAGGUGGCCCUCAGCCGGAGGGUUUAAAAGGCAGGGUUUGGGUGCCAUCUUCCUCUGGUUUCGUCUUCCCUUCAACCUGGAGGAAUACAAUAAAGGUGCUUCUCAAACACUGGACUUCGUGCCUCCUUUUGAGACCCACGCACCACACAGGUGUGUUUAAAUGCCUCAAUGAGCACUCAGCACCUAGUCUUUCCUCCAAUCUUUCCAUCACAUUUGGAAACUUUUAUUGCAGUUUAUCAACAUGAGGAACAAAAUUGUGCCAAUGAAAGUCAAGAAGCCAUUAUGAGACUGAGAAACAAGAAUAAAACUUAGACAUCAGCCAACCCUUCGGCUUACCGAAAUCAACUGUUUGGAACAUCAUUAAGAAGAAAGAGAGCACUAGUGAGCUUACAAAUCGCAAAGGAACUGGCAGGCCAAGGAAGACCUCCAUAACUGAUGACCAAAGUAUUCUCUCUAAUAAAGAACAAUCCCCAAACAUCUGUCCUACAGAUCAGAAACACUCUUCAGCAGUCAAUGACCACUGUUCGCAGAAGACUUCAUGAACAGAAAUACAGAGGCUACACUGCAAGAUGCAAACCACUAGCCGCAAAAAUGGGAUGACCAGGUUACAGUUUGCCAAGAAAUAAUUAAAAGAGUAACCACAGUUCUGGAAAAAGGUCUUGUGGACAAAUGUGACGAAGAUUAACUUGUAUCAAAAUGAUGGUAACAGCAAAGUAUGGAGGAGAGAAGGAACUUCCCAAGAUCCAAAGCAAACCACCUCAUCUGUAAAACACGGUGGUGUGGGUGUUAUGGCCUGGGCAUCUAUGGCUGCUGAAAGUACUGGUUCACAUCUUUCUUGAUAAUACAACUGCUGAUGGUAGUAGCAUAAUGAAUUCUGAAGUGUAUAGACACAUCCUAUCUGCUCAAGUUCAAACAAAUGCCUCAAAACUCAUUGGCUAGCGGUUCAUUCUACAGCAAGACAAUGCUCCCAAACAUACUGCUAAAGCAACAAAGGAGUGUUUCAAAGCUACAAAAUGGUCAAUUCUUGAGUGUCCAAGUCAAUCACCCGAUCUGAACCCAAUUGACCAUACCUUUUAUAUGCCGACGAGAAAACUGAAGGUGACUAGCCCCCAAAACAAGCAUAAGCUUGUUGCAAUGGCUGCAAUACAGGCUGCAUCUUGUAAUAAAGAUGGCUGCAAUACAGGCCUGGCAGAGCAUCACCAGAGAAGACACCCGGCAACUGAUGAUGUCCAUGAAUUGAAAAAGCUACUUUUAUAACUACUAAACCAGGUUCGCUUCUUAAUAAACAGACACCACACAAACAGUUUGGUAGACCAGUUCAAAACUUUACUUAACAUCGGCCGAUGGAAGGGAGCGAGAAUUCCAGUCAAGUGACCAACACAGACACUUGACUGUGCUCAGCCACCUUCCCUGAACAACAGAAUUACAUUGCCUUAAAUAGGGUUUUUUUGUUCCCUUAACACCUUCCACAGACAUUAAUCAUGUCAGAGGUACAGGAAAAGGUUUCCACAGAUUGCAUCACAUCAAAGGCCUUUUGUUUACAUGGUACAAGAUAUACUGAAAACAUUGGCCAUUUGCGUUAUCUCCAAAUAGACCACCCUAGCUCUCAUCGCUGCUUCCUCUGUCAUUUGGUCCCUCAUAAACAUAGGUCAUUUGUUUACAAAGAUGUGACUGGCUAUUUCUCUCUUCCUUUAUUGCCUCCUCCCCAUAAACAUUGGUCAUUUGGUUUAUGGCAUCUCACUUCAAAGAUUUGACCAGCUACCUCUCUAGCUGCUCCUCUGCCUGUCACUUGGGAGACAAUGUUAUAGGAUUUAUUAUCUCACACACACCCACAACCUAAGGCAAGCCUAAUUUGACACUAAAUAUAAGCUGUAAGCUAGCCCAGAAACCAAUUUAAUAUCUUCUUAUAUUUUUAACUAAAACUCGGCUUCAU